CACACGUUUGGACAAUAACAUUAGCUUUCCCAUUACUUCCAUUUCGACACACAACUUCUCGACGUGCCUAAUCUUUCCAACAAGUAGAUCACCUACUAAGCUAUCUUUGAAUGUUUAUUACACAUUUUUUUUGCACACUAGUCCAUCAAAGUUCGGCAGCAAGAAUCGGUGAUCGAUCAUGGCCCUCAUGCAAAAUGCUGCCCUCCAUUUCCCCAAAGACUUGUGUCAUGCAGAAAGAAACGACGAUUUUGUGGCUACGUUCGUGCGUGUCGGUGGCACGAGGAGGCGGGCGGGCGUGAAGAUGAAGGCGAGCUCCAAGACUAAUGUCGACACGGUUAAUGGGAAGAAAGUGAACGGGGUUCACGUCGACGGCCGGAUCCCGUUUUUGGAUCAAAGGAGUGCUGAUUUGUUAAAGGAUGGGGAGAGUGUUUAUGGCAGUGUGGAGCCGAAUCAUGAGUAUUUGCUGGGUAGGUUUGUGGAGGAUCGGUUUGUGUACAGGCAGUCCUUUGUUAUUAGGUCUUACGAGAUUGGACCUGAUAAAACUGCCACAAUGGAAACCCUCAUGAAUCUCCUCCAGGAGACAGCUUUGAACCAUGUGGCGAGUGCAGGGGUGGCUGGAAACGGGUUCGGAGCAACCCGUGAGAUGAGCAUCAGAAAACUUAUUUGGGUUGUCACUAGGAUACACGUCCAAGUCGAGAAAUACAGCUCUUGGGGAGAUGUUGUGGAGAUAGACACUUGGGUGGAUGCAGCCGGUAAAAACGGAAUGCGUCGGGACUGGAUCAUUCGAGACUACAACACUCAGAAAAUCAUAACAAGAGCGACCAGUACAUGGGUGAUUAUGAAUAGAGAAACAAGAAGGCUAAGUAAAAUCCCAGAGGAAGUGAAAAACGAAGUGCAGCCAUUUUACCUCAACAGAGCCGCAAUUGCAACAGAAAACACUGAUAGUGAGAAGAUCGAAAAGCUCACUGAUGAAACUGCUGAGAUUAUCCGAACUGGAUUGGCUCCGCGGUGGAGCGAUAUGGAUGCCAAUCAACAUGUAAAUAAUGUCAAAUACAUUGGAUGGCUUUUGGAGAGUGUGCCUAUAAAUGUCCUGGAAGACUACAACAUGACAAGGUUAACAUUAGAGUACAGACGUGAAUGCCGUCAGUCGAACGUGCUGGAAUCCUUAACCAGCAUGAAAGCCAAAACAGGUGAAGAAGAAGACAAGCAAUUUACUGAGAAAAGUGGCGCAGAGGAUUUAGAAUGCACACAUUUGCUGCGCAUGGAAGCAGAUCAGGCGGAGAUCGUCCGAGCAAGAUCGGUGUGGCAAAUCAAGCAACAUGAUAAUCAGAUGACCUGAUCUCAUUCCUUUCGAUGGGUUUUAGAGUCUUUUCUUCUGCUAAAUAAUUGAUGAAUAUAUGUUUAUUUUGAGUUUAUGUAUGCUCAAGUGAUUGAUUUUUUUUGUU